AUGCCGGAGAUCAUCAGUCUUCUCUCCUCCACGCCCCCUCCCCCUCUUCCUCCGGCAGACCGACUCGAAUUCGCCUCCGCAAGACGAGCUCAUUCCACCCCGCCCGCCGCCCCCUUCUCCGACGACCUCGACCUCUCCGCUUUCACAUGGGACGAUGACCUCGACCUCGACAAGCAGCCAUUCAAACGUCGACGGCUAAGUCAUGAAGAUCCCCCUGUUCCACGAACUCGACAACCCUCCCUUCCGGAGCCAAAGAACAACCUAUUUUUAUUCUCCGACGACGAUGUGAUCUUGUCGUCCGAAGGUCCCGCUGCCCUCGGUCCCGCUCCGGCCCCCGCCCUCCCGAAGCUCCCGUCAUGGAAUGGAGAGUCAGAUCCGAUAAUGUUCACUUCAUCUGCACCGGAGCCCAGAGCUAAUGCUCCUCCUACCACACGAGAGCUUACCUCCCGCACCACAAACGCUAUCACGAUCGACGACGAUAAUAAUGAGCAUGAGCGCAUUGGCCCCGCAAGGACGACUGGGCGGGAUAACAUCGAUGACUUCAGCGACCAAAUCCAGUUCCCUGACAUCAACGAACUUCUUGAGCUCCCGAUGCCACCACCGACUACAGGCGGCGCAUUCUCGAGUCGAACCGCGAGCCUACUUGCCAACCUUGAACGGUCACAAAGUACCACCGGAACGAAUCCUACGCCAAUGACAACUCGACGACGCAGGAAAGAUAAAGCCGAGGAUGACAUUAUCGAGGAUGACGAGUUGGACGCAGCAACCAGUACCACUGCUGCUACCCGCAAACCUCCGCGCAGAACCACCAAGCUCACGAGCGCAGAGAAGGACGCCAAAGCCCGGGAACGGGAGGCAGUCAAAGCGCAACGAGACCAGGAGCGCCAGCUCGAGAAGGAGCGCAAGCAGAAACUCAAGGAAGAGAAGGCCCGGGAGAAGCAGCUCGCGGCGGACAUUGCCGAGGUCAACAAACUGAAGGUGGACAAGAAGGAGUCGACGUCGGAGAUGCUGAUCGAUCUGGCCUCGAGUUUCGAGGGGAACAGUGUCGGAAACCAGACGACGGAGUUCAUGAAGCAUCUCGGGGUGGAGAUGUCGUUCUUCGCGAGUUCGAUCCCCAAUGUCGUGAAGUGGCGGCGCAAGAUCAAAGCUACCUACAAUGAAGCGCUGGGAUACUGGGAACCGUGCGCUCCUCACAUCCGCGACGAGAACGAGCAUGUUCUGUGUUUGGUCGCGGCGCAGGAGUUUGUCGAUAUGGUGAUUUCACCCGCCUCGGCUCUAGAGCGGCACAUCCAGACCCUCAAAUCGGCCUACCCUAACCACACCCCCAUCUACCUGAUCGAAGGCCUAACCGUGUGGAUGCGCAAGAACAAGAAUUCCCGCAAUAGAGCCUACCAAGCCGAAGCCCGUCGCCAGUAUGAAGAAGCAGCAUCCACCACCACAUCUUCCUCCUCAACCACAACAACAAGCACAACAACAACAACAACAACAACAACAGCGACCUCCACCUCCCGCCGCAAAAGAGCCCCCGCAGCCAAAAAGCCAGAAACCACCCCGCCCGUCGACGACGAUACCAUCGAAGACGCCCUCCUGGACCUCCAAGUCACCCACGCGUGCCUGAUCCACCACACCGCCGCGCCCGCCGACUCAGCCGAAUGGAUCAAGAACUUUACCGAGCACAUCUCCACGGUACCCUACCGCCGCGAGCGCAUGAACGUCAACGACUCCGCCUUCUGCAUGGACGUAGGCCAGGUCAAACCCGGCGAGAACCGCUCCGACACCUUCGUCAAGAUGCUGCAAGAGGUCAACCGCAUCACAGCCAGCAUGGCCUACGGCAUCGCCGAGCGGUAUCCGAGCGUGUUGGAUCUAGUGCGGGCGAUGCGCAGCGAGGGUCCCGGCUUGUUAGAGGAUGUUAAGAAAUCCGCAAACAAGAACGGCGCCCUCACGGAUUCCCGCAUUGGACCUGCGGCGAGUAGACGCUUGUAUAAGGUUUUCAUGGGCCUGGAUCCUUCGUCGACGGAUGUUUAG